AUGAUCGAAGAAGACAUAGAAAUCGCAAUCAAAGUCGUCGUGGUCGGUAAUGGCGCUGUUGGAAAGUCCAGUAUGAUCCAGCGUUACUGCAAAGGGAUUUUUACUAAGGAUUAUAAGAAAACGAUUGGUGUUGACUUUUUAGAGAGACAAAUCAGCAUUGAUAGUAAAGAUAUUAGACUAAUGCUGUGGGAUACAGCUGGUCAGGAAGAAUUCGAUGCCAUAACGAAAUCCUAUUACAGAGGUGCACAAGCGUGUGUACUGGCUUUUUCUACUACGGAUAGAGAUUCGUUCGAAGCUAUUGAAAGCUGGAAAAGAAAGGUUGAGGCCGAAGUAGGAUCUAUUCCUAUGGUAUUAGUGCAGAAUAAGAUUGACUUAAUUGACGACGCAAAAAUGGACAGUGAAGAGACAGAAAAACUCGCAAAAAAGUUGCACCUUCGAUUUUAUCGAACUUCAGUUAAAGAUAAUGUGAAAGUUGAUGAUGUAUUUAAAUACUUGGCUACCAAAUAUUUAAAGUUGAUUGAAAAGAGUGGGGAAGAAGUAGGUCAACAAAUAGGAAACAAUCUGGAUAUGUUUAAUGCUGUGGCAUCGACUAAUGAGAAAGCUAAAAGUAAAGGUAAUAGCAAAGGAAAUGAUGAAGGAGUAAUACAACUUGAUGCAAACAAGCGUAAAUCCCAGUCAAAGAAAAAUAAGGGUGCAUGUGUUUUAUUGUAG